AUGGACCGGACUUUCUCUCUCCGUCGUCAGGAAGUCCUGUGUGAAGAGCCGCUGGUGAAGGAUUUCCUGGGGCGCUGGCCAGCACUUUUCAAUGCAUCACAGAUAAAUGAAGAAUUCAAAAGAAUUACGACAGUGAGACUGGAGUCCACCUUCAUGGCACAACUGGACCACUGCAUUAGCAAACUAAUGGAGAUCGGGUCAGACCGAGGAGGAGCUACUGGACAGAAAAUACGAAAAAUAAGAGAGUGUCUUCUUCAGUCCAAAAACGUUGAGGUAGACGCUCGUCGAGAGGCAGCUAUUCGCGCCCUAAUUGUAUACUUACAUGAAAAAGAAGAGGACCUCUUUGCACAUUUUGAUAGCACUGAUGACUAUGAAGUGGGUUUUCAUCGCUUGACCAUGAGUAUUGCAAUCAUCGGAGAAGAAUCAUCUGCAACCAGGACCGGAGCAAUUGUGAUUGAAGGAACCCAAGUCAUCAUGGAAAAAAAUAUCCCAAGGUGCCACUCGACACUGGCCCAGACAUUGCCCCCUGAAGAAGCCCCCGUGGAUCGGCCUUUCUGGGGAGUGGAUGACCCCAGCAUGCCUCUGCCUUUUGAUCUAGCGGACAUCAUCAACAGAGUGGAGUCGCUGCUCUGGAGGAUGUGA